AUGUCAGCUCGAGCUUUCACAGGCAAGCAAGUCAGUCAUGCAACAUACCGCUGGCAUGUAUCUAGCCAAGCUAGCCUCACAGCUCCCGCGAGAGCCAUCAAAGGAGAGGCGAAGCCAAGAUACCAAUUCGCUCCCCAAAAAAAAAACACCACAAAAAAAGGGGGCGGCAGAGCGGUCCAAAAAAGCCGUCUAAGACGGCGACGACGACAGCAGGCGGCGAAUCCGCCCAAGACGGCGGCGAAGCGGCGGCGGCGAGGAGUAGCGGCGGCGGGAGGGGAGGAGGAGGAGGAGAGAGUAGGAGAGGAGGACGAACUUGCGCCGGCGACCGCAGCAGAUCCGUCAUCCCUCACCGAGUCGGGCGAUGAUCCACCCGGCCAGGGGCCAGGCUUCACAUCCUCCCCUUUAACGGGGGAGUCCUUCUCGGCAAAGUCAAGUUCUGCCUUGGUCGCCGUCCCUCCCGGAAGGCCCCCCUUCUCUGGGGCAAAGAACACUUCCAGGAGGACAAGCAAGUCGUCGAUCCGGGGCAUUUUAGGAGGCAUCUUCAGCGGCGGCAGCAGGAGUGGUAGCGGCGGCGGCGGCGGUGGUGAUGAUGCUUAA